CCGCUUCAAAAGAUCGACGCUGAGUGGGAGGUCUCGAGUUGGACAUCUCUAGGUGGUUGUCAACUGGCAGGGAAUACACCGCAAAGCUGCCAUAUGAAUGGGUGCUUUACUUUAUGAGGAUCUAAACACGCCACAGAUAGAACGGCGCCGCUAGUGCCUGUCUGCGGAUUCAAAUUCAACCACAACAAUGGCUCAUCUAACGCAAAACCCCGCCGAGAAGGAGAGGUUCAUCUGUAUUUACCCAGUUUACAUCAACAGUAAGAAGACGCUGGCUGAGGGACGAAGGAUUAGCACAGAGAAGGCUGUAGAGAAUCCGUCCUGUGCUGAGAUCAGAGACGUCCUGACGGCUGCUGGGAUGAACGUUUAUGUGGAGAACAAAAUGCACCCCAGGGAGUGGAACAGGGACGUCCAGUUCAGAGGUCGUGUACGUGUUCAACUGAAAGAAGAAGACGGCAGUUUCUGUCAGGAAAAGUUUGGCUCCCGUAAAGACCUGAUGUUUUACGUAGCAGAGAUGAUCCCCAAACUAAAGACUCGGACACAGAAGAGUGGAGGAGGAGACGCCAGCUCUCAGCAGGGAGAGGGAGGGAAGAAGAGCAAGAAGAAAAAGAAAUAGAUAUUGACCCCACUUUUUGUUUUUGUGAAGGGGCCAUGAAAUCUCAAACUCAUUAAUCUGUACAGAAGCUCCCGAUAAAAACACUUUGGUAAUUUAGGAAAUAGGAGACACGUAAAGUGAUGAAGACGAGCAUCUCUUUGUUUUACCUUUAACUUGCAGUCAGUUAAGUACAGAUGAAUAAAAUGUACAAAAAAUUGAA